AUGACGGGAUACCGUGGCCUUGUGCACACGCUGGUGGUGGUGAUAUACACGGUCUCGGUGUGGCUGGUUUCUCCCGGGGAAGCGUAUCAAGAGGUGUCCGACAAGACGCUGCAAGGCCUGGCAGGCCCGCAGGAUGAUUUCGAUAUCCACAAGGGGGCGAUCUUGUCUCCGAUUCUGCGUACGCGGGUUCCCGGGACGGCUGGGUCGACGGCGGUGCUGAACCACUUUGUCGACUUCUUCCGGACGCAGCUACCGGAAUGGACGAUUGAGUUCCAGAACUCGACAUCGACGACGCCCGUGACGGGAUCGAAGGAGGUGCCGUUUAUCAACUUUAUUGCGUCGCGGGACCCGCCGUGGACGGGCAAGGGGGAAGCGGGACGACUGACGCUGGCGGCGCACUACGACAGCAAGUACGAGCCGGAAGGGUUCAUCGGGGCGAUCGACAGUGCGGCGCCGUGUGCGAUGAUCAUGCAUGCGAUGCGGAGCAUCAACGCGGCGCUGAGUCGGAAGUGGGAGACGAUGCAGGCUGCCGCAGGCGGGCCGGACCCGUUGGACGAGCAGACGGGGAUCCAGGUGGUGUUUCUCGACGGCGAGGAGGCCUUCCAGACCUGGACGGAUACGGACUCGCUGUACGGGGCGCGGUCGCUGGCAGAACACUGGGCGGACGAGGCUCACCCGGCGAUGUCGACGUUCCGCACGCCGCUGUCGGCGAUCAGCCUGUUCAUGCUGCUGGACCUGCUGGGAGCCAAGGACCCGAGCAUCCUGUCCUACUUCCCGACCACGCACUGGGCGUACCAACGUCUGGCAAGGCUGGAGCAGCGGUUGCGCGAGGGGAAGAAGUUCAAGUCGCCGCCACCCACGGGUCGGUCCUGGUUCCUCGACGGCAGCAAGACGGAGCACCAGAUCGAGCCGUGGCUCAACAUCCAGGACGACCAUGUGCCCUUCCUGAGGCGCGGGGUGGAGGUGCUGCACGUCAUCGAUGCCAAUCCGCGGACUGGAUUCCCCAAGGUGUGGCAUACGCUGGACGACGACGGCGAGCACCUGGACACGAACACGGUGGAAGACUGGAGUACCCUGGUGACUGCGUUUGCUGCCGAAUGGAUGGAGCUGGAGGGGUACUUUGAACCACGCAAGGCGAAGCGAUGGGAGAAAACCGAACUGUAA